CAUGGUUGACUGAUUAACCCUCCCAGCAAAAAAUCAUCGAGAGAAGACUAAGAAGAGUAAGACUGUCUCAAAAGUCUCGAACAUAACACACUUCCGUUCGCUACUUAUCAAUUAUUCGACAUCGGCGGUGGUUUUCUAUAUUCGGCGUGAUAGUCUCACAGAUCUAGGAGUUGAGAGAGGAAUGCGUAAGUAGAAUGGAUAGAGGUAAUAACAUGAACAGAGCCAAGAGGAGUUUUGAUGGGAAUGAUGAUCUGCCUGAGCGGAAACGUCCUGCUCUUGCUAGUGUGAUUGUAGAGGCUCUGAAAGUAAACAGUUUGCAGAAGCUUUGCUCCUCUUUGGAACCUAUUCUCCGCCGAGUUGUCAGCGAGGAAGUCGAACGUGCUUUGGCUAAACUAGGCCCUCCUAGGCUUACUGGAAGUUCUGGUUCCGGAUCUUCUCCAAAGCGAAUAGAAGGUCCUGAUGGUAGAAACUUACGGCUCCAGUUCAGGUCCAGGCUAUCUCUCCCCUUAUUCACAGGAGGAAGAGUAGAAGGAGAGCAAGGUGCAGCAAUCCACGUCGUCCUCAUCGAUGCAAACACUCGCCGCGCCGUCUUACACGGUCCAGAGGCUUCAGCUAAGCUCGAGGUCGUUGUGCUUGAGGGAGACUUCGCCAGGGAAGAUGACGAAGACUGGACUAAGGAAGAGUUCGAAAGCUACGUGGUGAAAGAGCGCCAAGGAAAGAGACCGCUGCUGAAUGGAGACUUGUGUGUCGCUCUCAAGGAAGGGGUUGGGACUUUGGGGGAGAUUGUUUUCACUGAUAACUCGAGUUGGAUUCGGAGUAGGAAGUUUAGACUCGCUUUAAGGGUUGCUUCUGGGAUGAUGCGGAUACGUGAGGGGAAGACGGAAGCUUUUACUGUUAAAGAUCACAGGGGAGAAUUGUACAAGAAGCAUUAUCCACCUGCUCUGAGUGAUGACGUGUGGAGAUUGGAGAAGAUUGGUAAGGAUGGAGCGUUCCAUAAGAAGCUUUGUGCUGCAGGGAUAGUCACUGUAGAAGACUUUCUGAGAAUCAUGGUCAGAGAUUCUGGAGGGUUACGUGCUAUUCUUGGAAGUGGAAUGUCAAACAAGAUGUGGGAUACACUAGCGGAACAUGCCAAGACGUGUGUGUUGAGCAGUAAGCUUUAUAUCUACUAUCCGGAGGAUUCAAGGAAUGUUGGAGUUGUGUUUAAUAAUAUCUAUGAGCUGAGUGGUCUCAUUUCCGGAGAUCAGUACUUCUCUGCUGAUUCACUUUCUGAAAGCCAAAAGGUAUAUGUUGAUGGGCUGGUGAAGAAAGCAUAUGAAAACUGGGACUUAGUCAUAGAGUAUGAUGGAAAAUCUCUCAUAGACAUGAAGCAGCAGCCUCAGAAACCUCAGAAAAAUUACUCAACUGCUGCCAUUGACAAUCCAAUGCAGAUGGCUAAUCAAUCUCCACUGCAUCUUUCAGAUUUUGCUAUUGGAGGGUAUGAUCAAACUAUGGUGACAAGGUAUCCUUCACCACAUCCUCAGCUUCUAGACUCCAACCCAAUAGAACUAUAUGAGGUUUCUUCGGGUCAGAUCAUGGGAAGUCUACAUCAGGCUCAAAGCUCCUCCACAAACAAUCAAAACAUGAACGGUCUGCUUGCUCUUGGUCCUCCACAGUCAUACCAAAACAUCAACCCUUCUGCUUCAGUUCACGACCAGGAAAAUCUCAAUCCUUUUGAAGAUUUCUUCUCAGAGGAAGAGAUCAGACUCAGAAGCCACGAAAUGCUGGAGAACGAAGACAUGAAACAGUUCCUCCGCUUGUUCAGCAUGGGAGGAGGAGGAGCAGGCGGUGGCUCUGCAACAUAUUUUCCAGAAGAUGGAUAUGACUUCCCUUCGUUUCUGAACACGCCUAUGCAAGGUUAUGAUGAUGAAGACGGUGGUCGAUCAGGCAGAUCUGUGGUUGGGUGGCUUAAGAUAAAGGCAGCAAUGAGGUGGGGUUUCUUCAUCAGGAGGAAAGCAGCUGAGAGGCGAGCACAGAUUGUAGAUUUGGAUGAUGAUGAUGAAGAAUAGUCUGGUCUUUCUUUCAUCGUUGUCGUGAACUCUUAAUCACUAGUGAGACUAAAGACAUUGUUUACCUGUGCUGUGAAACUGUUUUUCAAUGCAGUGUACAGUUAGUUCAGUGGGUGGGUGUUUUAUGAUGCAUGGGACUUGUAUUAUGUUUGUUGACUCACUCAAACAUACCUCAAUAUAUAUAUAUAUAUAUACUCGAUUUAAUA